AAUAUUGAGGAUGAUAAAUUUUAAAAUUAAGUUUACUUUUUUUUUUUUGGUAGAAUAAUAAAUUCAGAAUCCGGAUCCAACUAUGGGGCGAAACCCGGUUGUUAUUUGGGACGGGUUUCAGGGUACUGACUCCUGACUUGACUGUACCUUGCGAUCAAUCAGCGAAGAGGAAGAAGAAGAAGUAGAAAGCAGAGAUAAACUGAUAAAAGCAUGCGCAGAACAGUUGGUGCAGAAGAAGGAGACAAGGAAGAGGAAGAGGCAGAGGCACAGUAUCACAGCAAGGACUUUGAGUGGGAAGAGCUGAGGGCGGAGGUGGAGAACGACCCGUCAUUUUGCCAACACUUGCUUCCUUUCCAACCUACCUCUACCUCCUCCUCAUCAUCCCCACAAGCCCAAUCAGAUUCAGACGCUUGGAAACGCUUUCACAUCCGUCACUCCGCUGGAAAGUUCUUUAAGGAAAGGCGGUAUUUAUUAAAGGAAUUCCCAGAACUAGCUUCUUGCAACGAAAAUUCUAAAGUUUUAGAGGUGGGAUGUGGUAAUGGCAGUACUGUUCUUCCACUAUUACGUGGCAACGAAAAUAUCAUUGUUUAUGCUUGCGAUUGUAGCACUGAGACUGUUGAGAGGGUAAAAGAGAUCAUAGAUGCCUCUAAUAUAAUUUCCAUCAAACAGCGUUUCCAUCCAUUCUAUUGUGAUUUAUCUAUAAAUAGAUUUCCAACAUGGUUGGCCUGCAAUCAAUGCCGGGAUAUAUAUCUACAAUCGCAGCAUAAAAGCAUUUCAGAUGUCACAAUGAACAAUAUAAUGGAUUCGAACAAUCUGUAUCUGUUGAGAGAAAGUGGGUGUUGCAAUGGAGGGGUGGAUUUCAUUACCUUGAUAUUCACACUCUCAGCAAUACCACUUCAAACGAUGCCUGUUUCAAUCAAGGAGUGCUUUUCUGUUUUAAAACCUGGAGGCCUGCUCUUAUUUAGGGAUUAUGGCCUUUAUGACAUGACAAUGCUUCGAUUUGAACUUGAGAAAAGAGUGGGAUUCAGGGAAUACAUGCGAUCAGAUGGAACCCGUUCUUAUUUCUUCUGUUUAGAUACUGUUAGGGAUCUAUUUGUUGGUGCAGGCUUCACUGAGCUCGAGCUCGAAUAUUGUUGCAUUAAGUCAGUAAACCGCCGAAAUGGGAAGAGCAUGCGAAGGGUGUGGGUUCAUGGAAAGUUCCAGAAGCCUCUAUGAUGUUAAUGGUUAGAACUCUCUUGUUGAGAUAUAUUUUUCAAAGAUAACUUCUCAAACUUGUUCUUUUACUCUGUACUUUUUAAUUGAAGAGCUGUUGCUGAAGUUUUGGAAGAUAGAAUCAUUUUUGGUUUGGCCGGUACUGUCAAUGGAAGUAUAAGAUAAUAUUGUAAUACUAUUAUGUUGCUUUCUUCUUUC